AUGAGUUGGUCGAGGAUCUUCUCCCGCCCACCCCACGAGUCCGGAUCAACCGGUAGCUCAAGGGUCUUCAUAUAUCUAGGUCUAGCAGCAUUUUCCCUCCUCUUGGCAUAUCAGCUGGUUCUGAAUCAUGACACGGUUGGUGCUAUCGCGCCAUGGAGAUCCGGUUUAUUGGCCGGUACCCCAACUGAUGACAAGAAGCAUGCCACGGACGGCUGGGCCGGAUCCGCCAUGAAUGGUACAUUGCAAGAAGCGGUUGAGCAAGCGGGAAGUUCGAGUAUCACAGACUCUGUACCAUUUCCGACGCCUGCGCCUGAAUCUGAAUCUGAAUCUGAAUCUGAAUCUGUGCCUGCGCCCGCGCCGGAGCCCGUUAUCAGCUCAAGCCCACCGAGUUCUAGCUUGAAACCGAACCCGAACCCGAAGCCAAAGCCAAAGCCUGAAAUAGGGUCUAUUCCUAUUACCAAGGAGCUUGUUGUUGCAGCUAUGAGCUACAGUAAUAUGUCUUGGGUGGAAGAUAACGUCCCCGAUUGGAAGUCGAAUAUCUAUCGUGCUGAUAUGCCUCCUGGCGAGGCGCAGUUCACGGUACCAGAGAACAGAGGAAAUGAAGCGAUGGUGUAUUUAACUUAUUUGAUUGAUCGAUAUGACUCCCUCCCCGACGUCAUAGUCCUCGUCCACGGCGGCCGAUACCAAUGGCACAACGACAACCCUCUAUAUGACUCCGUCGUCUCAAUUAAAGACCUCCAACUCCACUACGUCCAAAAAGCCGGCUACGUCAACCUUCGAUGUACCUGGGCAAUCGGCUGUCCUGCUGAACUCGAGCCCGCACGCUAUUUCCGUGAACGACCCGACGACAGGGAUCAUCCGACCGCGAUGGAAUUCCCGGACCAAUUCCAAAUAUUAUUUCCUGGUGAAGAACUGCCGGAGGUUAUUGGGGUACCGUGUUGUAGUCAGUUUGCUGUUUCGAAGGAGGCAGUAAGACGCAGGUCGAAGGGGGAUUAUAUUCGCAUGCAGAGGUGGUUGUUGGAGUCGCCACUGGAUGCGGCGACUAGCGGUCGCAUUCUUGAAUAUGCUUGGCAUAUUAUGUUUGGACAGGUGCCGCAAUUGUGUCUUGAUGCGAGGGAAUGCUAUUGCAAUACUUAUGGGUAUUGUGAUUUGGAUGAUGAUAGUUUGGCGAAUCAAUGGGUUUGGCGUGGGAUGGUAUUGCCUCCUAGUUGGCCGAAUCCGGAGCCUGAGCCUGUAUCUGAGCCUGUACCUGAGCCUGGACCUGAGUCUGGACCUGAACAACCUGAGAUAGGGUCGGAGUCAGAGCCAAAACCCGAAGAGCCAGUACAGCCUCCGGAGGUUGAAGAUGUGAGCCAAAAUGGGAAUGCCGAUCACUAUCAAUAG